AUGGGAAAAUGGGGUACCUUGCUUGUGUUGUUUGUGUUAGUGACAGUGCAUGCAAGUGCAAGUGCACGUGAUGUGCCAAAGGCUGGUGAAGAAGAACAAACCCUGGGUGUGCCAAAGGCAACUGCAGUACCACAUGCAGAUUCCCCAAGAAGCAACGGUGUUGGUGACAAGAAGCACUUUUUGGUUGGUGGGGUUGGUGGAUUUGCUGGUGUGGGUGGUUUUAUUGGAGGUGCAGGGGGGAUAGGGAAGUUUGGUGGAGUUGGUGGCAUUGGAAAAUUUGGUGCACUUGGUGGUGGGAUGGGUGGAGGGAUAGGGAAGGUUGGUGGUGGUGGUGUUGGUGGAGGGAUGGGCAAGUUUGGUGGCAUUGGUGGUGGUGCAGGGAUUGGUGGCUUCCAUGGCCUUGGUGGUGGCGCAGGGAUUGGUGGAUUCCAUGGCAUUGGUGGUGGUGCAGGACUUGGUGGUUUUCAUGGCAUUGGGGGUGGUGUAGGUGGAUUAGGUGGUACUGGUGGUGGUGUUGGAGGUUUAGGUGGUGGUGGAGUUGGAGGGUUAGGUGGUGGAAAUGGUGGUAUGAGAGGUGUAGGUGGUGGAAAUGGUGGUUUGGGAGGUUUAGGUGGUGGGCCUGGUAGUGUAGGAAGUGGUGGUGGUGGUGGUUUGGGUGGUGGUGGUGGUGGUUUGGGUGGUGGAAGUGGUGGAUUAGGAGGACCGGUGGUGCCGGGUGGUGCGGGGACUUUAGGUGGAGCUGGUGGUUUGGGAUGUGGUGUUGGUGGUGCUGGUGUCUUUCAACAUUGUAAUAAUCCUUGA